UUUCCAUACAGUAGAGAAAAUGGCAACUCUUCAUGUUCCAGCUUGUGUUCCUUCUCCUGCUGAGGACGCAGCGCAGAUUAAGAAGGCCUUUGAAGGAUGGGGCACAAAUGAGGGGUUGAUUAUUUCCAUCUUGGCUCACAGGAAUGCUGAUCAGAGGAAACUGAUUCAGCAGGCUUAUGCUGAAACUUAUGGGGAGGAACUUCUCAAGGCACUGUACAAAGAACUCUCAAGUGAUUUUGAGCGCGCUCUGUUGCUAUGGACACUGCAUCCUUCCGAGCGUGAUGCACUUUUGGCUAAUGAGGCUACAAAGAGGUUCACUUCAAGCAAUUGGGUUCUCAUGGAAAUAGCUUGUUCUAGGUCUUCACAUGAACUACACUUGGUAAAGCAGGCUUACCAUGCUAAGUUCAAGAAAUCCCUAGAAGAAGAUGUUGCAUUUCAUACAUCUGGAGACUACCGCAAGCUUUUGGUUCCUCUUGUGAGUGCUUUCCGAUAUGAAGGAGAUGAAGUGAACGUUACAGUGGCAAAAAGGGAGGCCAAGAUACUUCAUGAGAAAAUCAAGGACAAACACUACAAUGAUGAGGAGCUCAUUAGGAUCAUCAGUACCAGGAGUAAGGCACAGCUAAACGCUACUUUCAAUCAUUACAACAAUGAGUUUGGAAAUGCCAUCACCAAGGAUCUGAAGGCUGAUAAGGAUGAUGAAUUCCUCAAAUUAUUGAGAGCAACUGCCAAACUCUUGACCUUCCCUGAGAAGUACUUCGAAAAGCUUCUGCGUCUAUGUAUCAACAAGCUCGGCACUGAUGAAGGUGCACUCACUAGAGUUGUUACCACCAGGGCAGAGAUUGACCUGCAUCGCAUUAAGGAAGAAUACCAGCGCAGAAACAGUGUUACUCUGGCACAUGCAAUUCAAAAGGACACUAGAGGUGACUAUGAGAAGCUGUUGCUGGAAUUGAUUGGAGCCUGAGCUUUGCUACUGAACCACCCAGAAUAAAUAUGAAAACAGUCUUUAAGUUAUAUAUUCAUGACUACUCUUUGCUUCAAUGCAACGUUAUUAAUGUUGUGUGCGUAUCCGGCUUGUUUAAUUUAUCUAGGCUACUCUGGCAACAAUACAUUUCUGUAUCAGAGUUGGUGUUUGUUUAUGAACGAGUUCCUUCGGUUAAUGAUGAUUUACUUGAGUUCUA